AGUCCACGAGAACAAAAGACCACGCAAGAACGCAUAUUGAGAAAAGGCCUCAGUCUCGCGAGACCGCUGUAACUUUUCGUCAUCGGGCGUCCAAAAGUGAAACUCAACAAAAAGCAGAGACAGACAGAGAAAACAAACCAAACUAACGGCUCACCGACAGUUUCUGUUCCUCCAUAACGGAAAGCAGAGCUCGCGCGCUGCGUGCCACGAGGGACUCACCUGGUGACUCACCUGGUGAACAGUGGCGAGCUGAGAAGCGUCCCGGCCAUCAGCUGAUACCCGCGCGCAGUCCGAGAUGUCUGAUAACGGGAGCAUCGUUUUCUUCGACCUGGAGACCACGGGAUUAAACACCAAUGUGUGUGACAUCAUCCAGCUGUCGGCGGUCUGUGGAAAGCGAGUCUUCAACGCCUACAUGCUGCCGACCUGCAGGAUCACGGAGGGCGCCGGGCAGUUGACGGGCUUCGCCGUCAGGGACGGCGCGCUGUUCCGCGACGGCGUCCCCACGGGCACCGUCCCCCUCGCCGAGGCCCUCGCCUCCUUCCUCGACUUCCUGCGCUCCGUCGGGGGCCCCGUGCGGCUGGCGGCGCACAACGCCCGGCGCUUCGACGCCCCCCUGCUCACCAGGGAGCUGCGGCGGCUCCGGCUGCUGCCGCAGUUUGAGCAGGUGGUGUCCGGCUUCGUGGACACCCUGCCGCUGGCCAGGGGGCUGGAACCCGGCCUGGACAGAUACACCCAGAAGAAUCUGGUCCACCACUUCCUGGGGCAGAGCUACGACGCCCACAACGCGGCGGCGGACGCCUCGGUCCUGCAGGAGCUGUUCAGCCACUGGGACCCCAGCGCGCAGGACGUCCUGGCGGUCACCUUCUCCACUCGUCUCUUUUAAAAGGAAACGGCGACAGGAACGAAAUAUGAAAGCAAAAUAUUUCAUUUGAAACUGAACGUUUCCUUUGCAGUUCUGUUCUCAUCAUGUAGUUCACCUUGUUCUCAGGUGGUUUGUACAAACUGGAAUUUUAACAAAAAUGGCAGGGGAAUCAAGUUCUAGUGAUUUGGAGACACAUAAAUGCUUAGAACCAGAAUCAGCUUUAUUGGCCUUUGAAUUUUUACUCUGGUUUGGACUUUGUUCUCUACAUUCACACACAGAUUUUUACAAAUAAAAACAGUAGCCCAGAUGUAAGCAUAAACAAUGUAACAUGUAAUAUAUUCAAGUAUAUACAUAAAUAAAUAUGUAUACAUAUAUAUGAUGGACAAAACUUAAACACCAUGUACAAUAAUGACAGUGAAAGAUGUAUAAUGUUGAUACUGUGUACUUAUUUGUUCAAUCAUUUCGUUAUUACAUUGUAAUGUGUGUCCUACUCAAAAGUUGUGUUGUUCUAUGUCUUUCGAGUUGUAAUAAAUAAUAGUAAAUAAAUCCAGCCA